AUGGAGGUAUUAUCGAGUAUUGAUAUGAAAGUAACAACUGAUAUGAAUGUAGAGCUCUUAAAACCCUUUGUGACCAAGGAAGUGGAGGAUGCACUCAAACAAAUGCACCCCUCAAAAGCACCCAGACCCGAUGGUAUGUCUCCUAUUUUUUUCCAGAAGUAUUGGCAUGUUCUUGGUAAAUCUGUUACUGAUGCUUUUCUGUUAUCUCUGAAUUCUGGGGAUUUUCCUAGCGAAUUGAAUCAUACUUUCCUUACUCUUAUUCCUAAAAAAGCAUCACCUUCAAAAGUGGCAGAUUUUAGACCGAUUAGUCUUUGUAAUGUGCUUUAUAAAAUUCUGUCUAAAGUCAUUGCAAAUAGACUUAAGAAGAUCUUGCCGGAUGUUAUUUCUGAUAUUCAAUGUGCCUUUGUUCCGGGUAGACAAAUUUCUGAUAAUGUGCUUAUUGCUUAUGAGACUUUGCAUUUUUUGAGAUUGAAGAGAUAUGGAACUAAAGGUUUUAUGUCUCUUAAACUAGAUAUGAGCAAAGCAUAUGAUAGGGUGGAGUGGACAUUUUUGGCAAAAAUUAUGGAAUCACUUGGUUUUGCUCGUAACUUUAUAAGUUUGAUUAUGAAGUGUGUGCGAACAAUUUCCUUUUCAGUAUUGGUUAAUGGUAGUCCCAAAGGCCCUAUAAUUCCAAGUAGGGGAAUCAAACAAGGAGAUCCUUUAUCUCCUUAUCUAUUCCUCUUAUGUACUGAAGGCCUAAUCUCUUUGUUUAUAAAUUCUGCUGGUAGAGAAGGUGUUAAGCGGGUUCAAAUUUGUAGAGGUGCACCUAGAGUAAAUCACUUGCUGUUUGCGGAUGAUAGUCUUAUUUUUUGCCAAGCUAAUGUUGCCACUAAUGAAAAGAUCCAGAUCUUAUUAAACAAAUAUGAGAGAGCUUCGGGGCAUUGUAUUAACAAAGAAAAGACUUCUAUGGUUUUUAGUAAGAAUGUUAGUGAUGAGUUGAAGUCUGAUAUUAUGCAACUUUGGGGAGGUAGUCAUACACAGCAAUAUGAAAAAUAUUUGGAACUACCACCUUUAGUUGGGAGAUCAAAAAAACAAGCUUUCUCUAGUAUCAAAAGUAGAGUUUGGCAGAAAUUACAGUUGUGGAAAAGUAAAUUAUUAUCACAAGGGGGAAGAGAGGUACUCAUUAAGGCAGUAGGAAUGUCUAUCCCUACAUAUGCUAUGAGCUGUUUCUUGUUCCCAAAGUCUCUUUGUAAAGAGUUAGAGAUGAUGAUGGCCAGUUUUGGUGGGGAAAUCAGGGGCAGGGGAAUAAAUUUCACUAGGUGGAGAUCAGUGGGGAAUCGUAAAUCCGUUAAUUUCUUUAAAGACCCAUGGAUUCCUGAUUAUAAUUUGCCUCUCAAUAAUUCUGAGUUUGAUGAAGAUUUAAAAGUUCAUUCUUUGAUUGAUAUGAGUACGGGUUGGUGGAAUAUACAAGCUUUAAGAGCUCUAUUCAAUCCAAAUGUGGUUCAAAAAAUUCUGCAGCUUAAUAUUUCUGUUCAUGUUAAAGAUUCUUUGUUUUGGGUGCAUGAGAAAAAUGGAAUUUAUUCAGUCAAUAGUGCUUACCGAAUGUUACAGCAGGGUCUCUCUAAUGAUAUGGGGCAGGACUCAAGGGAGAGUAUGGAAUCAGUUUUUUGGAGAUGUUUGUGGCAUCUAAAAAUUCCUAAACAAAUCAAGAUCUUUGCAUGGAGGGCUUGUCAUGAAAAACUACCAACUUUCAAGAAUUUAAAACACAAACAUGUGCUUGAGAAUGAUAUUUGUGUUAUCUGUACUAGUUGUGUUGAAGAUGCUGCUCAUGCCUUAUUUUAUUGCAGUGAUGUGAGACAAGUGUGGUUGGAUUAUUGUCCUAAAUUAGGUGAGAUUGUUUCUGAUCUCUCUUUUUGGGAUUUGGCAAAUUUGGCUCAUGAUAGAGGUUCUAAUGAUGUGUUGGCCACUUUUUUGGUAGUUGCUUGGGGACUAUGGAAUAGAAGGAACAAGUUCAUUUAUGAAGAUGUAUCCCUGCAUAUUACUACUGCUAUUAAUAGUGCUCUGUCGUUACAGCAAGAUGAAUCUUUUUCUGCUGGGGUUGGGGUUAUUUUGAGAGAUCAUAAUGGGGAUGUUGUAGUAGUUGUUAGUAAGGUGGAAAGGGAGGUUUCUUCAGCUGAAUUUAUUGAAGUGAUUGCUUUGUUGAGAGGCCUACAACUGUGUGCUCAAUGGGGUGUACCAAAAAUCAUAUUAAAAUCUAAUUCUUUGAUUCUUGUCAACUCUUUGAAUGAAAGUUCUAAGUGUCUAACGGAUUUUGAUUUUAUUUUACAAGAUUUUCGAAGGCUUGUGAAUGGGUUUGAAGAAGCAAGACUUGAGCAUGUUCAUCGCUUGGGUAAUGGUGCUGCCCAUCAAUUGGCAAGAUAUGCAAAAGAAGUUGAAGACAUUGUAAUGUAG